AAUUCUAAUGAAGAUGAUGGGGCUACUACAGACAGCAGUCUAUCGAUUCGUUACGUAUCUUUCAUGCUUGUUAUAUUUGUUUUAUUUUGUGCCAUUCUUAUUGUUCUGGGCAUUGCCUUUGUUAGGUUGGAUUUAUGUGACAGUUGCAAACUUUAUGGGCUUUUUCUAUAUUGCCAAGGUUGUAGAAUAUCAUGCAAGUGAGAAUUUCAUGAGUUGGACCAGUAUACUACCAACUUUAACUUUUUCUUCGGCUCUUUACUAUAUUGGAAAAGCUGAUGAUGCCGGUCUUGCGGUUUCCUUAUCUGGUGCCACUGGCAUUUGUAAAGCUCCUAUGCCUUGUUGUAGAGUCAUGAUAUUUUUGGCAGUAGAAUGGGCCAUCUUUUUACUGCUUGGUAUAUACAUUGACGUUGCAGUUACUUCUCAAGGUUACCAGAAGUAUGCAUUGAUCUUCCUAGACUGCCCUAUGUAUAUGAGAACGAUCAAAAGAUACUUUUGGUGCAAGUUGGAGAUUUUAAAACAUUUGUGCUUUUCUCGAUCAUGCGAUAUUAGAAUGGAGACCGGCAUGGACUUCAGUUUAUACACUUUAGAUAUGGAACUACAGGUACUUUCAUGCUCGCUUUCAGAUCUAGGACUUAUACAACUAGAAGAGUCUAGUUAUUCUCUUCCAUUGAAAUCGAUCAGUGAAACAGUUUUAGAAUAGGAGCAGCAGAGUGGAAUGCCACUAGUAGCAGAACAAUAGAGACCUCUUUUCCCUUUAGAUAUUUUGGACGAGGAGCGACUAUAUUAUCUCGGGUUUUAAAUAGGGAGCCUGGUAUCUAUUUGAAACAGCUGAGGAAAUAAUAUCACAGGAGAGAUCUUUUUUCCAUUCAAAGGAAACAUCUCGCUCUUGACGGCCUUACAGUGGGAGUUCCCCUCGAUAGUUGUUUAGGUAUACUUGGAAAAAAUGGUGCUGGAAAAACUAUCACUAUUACUAUCUUUUCAGGUAUUUGAUAUGCUUUUUGUAGUUGGACUAAUCUUGUGUCACGAAGAAUUGCAAGGACUCUUUCCACUUAUUGGUGGACAAGCGUUCGUAGGAGGUUAUUCCGUAUAGAAAAUCAACAAAUUCACUCAAUGUGACGAUAUGUCUGCAGAAGAGCAUCUUCAAUUUUAUG